UUUCGUUGAAUUUUAAGAACUUAACAGCGACUUUUUGGGAAAUUUCUCUCAAAAAUUAACAUGUCGACAUGCGCUUACAAGGAUUGCUAUGCAGUUCGGACUCCCUGUUGCCAGAUUACGUUCUUCAAUUUGCCGAUUGCACCGGAAAGACGCAAAAUCUGGAUAGAAAAUGCCGGCCCGAACAAUCCGAAGCUGCAAAAUUUGGAUGAAAAAGCAAAAAGGAUCUUUUGCGAGGCUCACUUUGAGGAAAAGUACAUGAGGCGACAAUUUAACAGGACUACAUUGCAUCCGACAGCAGUUCCAAUCAAAUAUGGAUCAACAGAACCGGGCAACGAGGAGAUGUUAACAGAGGACGAAAGCGAAGAAACAAACCAGAAUUUCGUUUUAAUCGAAAAAUUCGACGAAAAUGAGGCAAAUAUCACGAUUGAAGGACCAGAAGAUGCAAAUAAAAGUCAAGAAGAAACAAUUUUGGGCCCUUAUGAUGACCCAGAGACCCGAAAAAGUCCCGUUCUGCCCAGAAAAUCAAUUAAACGAGGACUGGAUGAGGCCAAUUCUGAGCCUGAAACUUCAAACAGACUGAAAUUAAAGAAAGUUAAGCUAGUUGGAGGACAAUUUUUGUUGCCAAAACUUCAUCUGAUUCCAGAAAAGUUUACCGAGGAGCCCCCAAUUGAAGAAGAAUCUGCAGUUUCUCCCUUAAAAUCAACGUCAUCAUCUCAAACGGACCAAAAAACCACCGAAUUAGUGGACAAAUCUGUCCAAGUCUCCCCCGAAGAAGUCCUUUAUUGUGAAGAAGCAACGCAAACUGACCCUGUUCCGGAGGAAAAAGUCACAAAAGUGCCCGAAACUGAAGCAACAAGUUCCAAAAUCGAAGAUGAAGAUGUUUAUUUCUUAGUAAAAGUCAUUGGGGAGGCCAUGAAACGUUUACCGCCCGAGAAAAAAGGCGAAGCGAAACUUCACAUGAUCUCAUAUAUGUUCAAUUUGGAACAUAACAUUAACAAAUAAAGUAAAAUUAAUUAAAAUUCGUUGAAAAUUCCUUCAAUUACCGCUCUUUGAUUCAAUUUUCAAUCAGCUGUGCGGUUUCUUUCGUGAUUGGAUGAAAAUUGAACCAAUCAGAAUCCAGCUAGAA